UAUAUAAAACGAUCCACCAGCCCGCCGGUGACUUCCCUCCGUUAUCAACAAACAGAAAGACAGAGAAAAAAAAAGGCUAAAAAAACUAUCAAUGGCAACUCACAGUUGAGUAGCUUUCCACCAUCAAAGAGCUCCGAAGCAACAACCAGCUACUAAUAAUUUGCUUCAGAGCAGCAAAACAUUACAAAUCUCACUUGUUUUGCAAAAAUAGUCCCUAUAUUUUCUACAAAUGGACAUACUAUUCGCUCAGAUCCAAGCAGAUCUCCGUUCAAAUGACGCACUCCGUCAAUCAGGCGCACUUCUUCAAGCACUCCAACAAUCCGCUGCAGGUCGCGAUAUUUCCGUUCUCGCUAAAUCCGCCGUUGAAGAGAUCGUCGCAUCACCAGCUUCCGCAAUUUCUAAAAAACUCGCAUUUGACCUAAUUCGAUCUACGCGUCUCACAGCUGAUUUAUGGGAAACCGUAUGUACAGGUAUUCGCAACGAUUUCGAUUUCCCUGACCCUGAUGUCACCGCUGCUGCUGUAUCUAUACUUGCUGCUAUUCCUUCUUACCGUCUCGGUAAACUUAUAACGGAUUGUAGUAAACAGAUCGAUAGCUGUUUUGAUUCGCAUAGUGAUAAUUUACGUUUUGCUAUUACUGAAACACUUGGUUGUGUACUGGCACGUGAUGAUUUGGUAACAUUGUGUGAGAAUAAUGUGAAUUUGUUGGAUAGGGUUUGUAAUUGGUGGAAUAGGAUAGGGAGAAAUAUGAUUGAUAAAUCUGAUGCCGUUGCGAAAGUCGCAUUUGAGAGUGUUGGGAGGUUGUUUCAGGAGUUUGAAUCGAAAAGGAUGAGUCGUCUGGCCGGUGAUAAGCUUGUGGAUAGUGAGAAUUCCGUUGCGAUUAGGUCUAAUUGGGUUUCGUCUAUGGUGGAUUUUGUUUGGAGGAGGAGGAACGCGUUGAUGGCGCGGUCGUUGGUUUUACCGAUAGAGAAUUUUAGGGCGACGGUUUGUCCGCUCGUGUAUGCUGUGAAGGCGGUAGCUUCGGGUUCGAUAGAGGUGAUCAAGAAGCUAUCAAGGUCUUCCAAGAGUGGUGGGAAUGCAAGUAGUUCGUUAGACGUUGUGAAUGGGGAGAAGUUUGUUGGUGUAUCUGAUGUUGUUUCACAUUUGGCACCUUUUCUGGCUUCGUCGUUGGAUCCGUCGUUGAUAUUUGAGGUGGGGAUUAACAUGUUAUACUUGGCCGAUGUUCCUGGAGGGAAACCCGAGUGGGCAUCCACAUCCAUGAUUGCAAUUCUCACUCUUUGGGAUAGACAAGAGUUUUCUUCUGCAAGGGAGAGUAUCGUUAGAGCUGUUGUAACCAAUUUGCAUCUUCUUGAUCUCAGUAUGCAGGUUUCUUUAUUCAAAAAGUUGCUUCUUAUGGUGAGAAACCUGAGAGCAGAGUCAGAUCGUAUGCAUGCUUUAGCAUGCAUCUGUCGGACCGCUCUGUGUGUUGAUCUUUUUGCAAAAGAGAGUGUUAGAAGAGGGCAAAAACCUGUUCCAGGAACAGAUAUUGCUUCACUUUUUGAGGAUGCAAGAAUAAAAGAGGACCUCCAUAGUGUAACAAGUAAAAGCUUGUUUAGAGAAGAACUAGUUGCAAUGCUGGUGGAGAGCUGCUUUCAGUUAUCACUACCACUUCCUGAACAAAAGAAUUCAGGAAUGGAAAGCAGAGUUAUUGGAGCUUUAGCAUAUGGAACUGGUUAUGGUGCAUUAAAUUGGACAGAACCAGCUUUGGAAGUGGUGGAAGUUUGUAGACCAUGUGUGAAAUGGGAUUGUGAAGGUCGAACAUAUGCUAUUGACUGCUAUUUGAAGUUGCUUGUCAGGCUUUGUCACAUUUAUGAUACAAGAGGAGGUGUGAAAAGAGUCAAAGAUGGGGCUUCUCAGGACCAGAUUCUGAAUGAAACGCGGUUGCAGAAUUUGCAAAGGGAGCUUGUCAGAGAUCUACGCGAGGUGAACACACCUAGAAUAUGUACUCGGCUUAUUUGGGCUAUCUCAGAGCAUAUUGAUCUAGAAGGUUUGGAUCCACUUCUGGCUGAUGAUCCAGAAGAUCCCCUGAAUAUAAUUAUAUCAAAUAUACACAAAGUUCUCUUCAACUUAGAUUCGUCUGCCAACACCACAAAUCGCCUUCAAGAUGUUCAAGCAGUUCUUCUGUGUGCUCAGAGGUUGGGAUCACGUAAUGCCAGGGCAGGGCAAUUGCUAAUAAAAGAACUUGAAGAAUUCAAGACCAAUGCAUUAGCUGACUCAGUGAACAAACAUCAGUGUCGGUUAAUACUGCAGAGAAUCAAAUAUGUCACCAACCACUCGGAAAGCAAGUGGGCUGGGGUUGGUGAAGCAAGAGGAGAUUAUCCAUUUAGCCAUCACAAGUUAACAGUUCAGUUUUAUGAAGCAUCUGCCGCUCAGGACCGAAAGCUGGAAGGACUGGUUCACAAGGCUAUUUUAGAGCUUUGGAGGCCUGAUCCUAGUGAGCUAGCUCUAUUGCUGGCUAAACGAGUAGAUUCCACUUUACUCAAGGUUCCUCCUAGCACAUAUACUUUGACUGGCAGCAGUGAUCCUUGCUAUGUUGAAGCAUAUCAUUUGACUGAUCCAAGUGAUGGAAGGAUUACUCUGCACUUAAAGGUUUUGAAUUUGACUGAGAUAGAACUUAAUCGGGUGGAUUUGCGAGUUGGACUUUCUGGUGGAUUGUAUUUCAUGGAUGGAUCUCCUCAAGCAGUACGCCAGCUGCGCAAUCUUAAUUCGCAGGAACCAGUACUGAGCAGUGUAACUGUGGGCGUUUCCCAUUUUGAGCGUUGUGAUCUUUGGGUUCAAGUACUUUACUAUCCCUUCUAUGGUUCUGGCCCAGCUGAUUAUGAAGACUCUGAAGAGGAUCCACAGGUUAUGAGACAAAAGAAAAGCUUGAGACCUGAAUUAGGGGAACCUGUCAUUUUGAGAUGUCAGCCUUACAAAAUUCCUCUGACCGAGGUUCUUUUGCCACACAAAAUUUCACCAGUUGAAUAUUUUCGUCUAUGGCCUAGUUUACCUGCUAUAGUUGAGUGUAGUGGUACUUAUACAUAUGAAGGAAGUGGUUUCAUGGCUACUGCUGCUCAGCAAUAUGGGGAGUCUCCAUUUUUGAGCGGCCUGAAAUCUCUGUCUUCCAAACCUUUCCACCGUGUUUGCUCACACAUCAUCCGGACAGUUGCUGGAUUUGAGCUCUGUUUUGCUGCUAAAACCUGGUAUGGAGGGUUUUUGGGCAUGAUGGUUUUUGGUGCAAGUGAAGUGAGCAGAAAUGUGGACCUUGGUGACGAGACGACCACAAUGAUGUGCAAAUUUGUGAUCCGAGCAUCAGAUGAAUCCAUUACCAAGGAGAUUGCUUCAGAUUUUCAGGGUUGGUUGGAUGACCUAACUGAUGGUGGUGUUGAGUACAUGCCUGAAGAUGAAGUGAAGGUGACUGCUGCUGAAAAGCUAAAGAUUUCAAUGGAACGGAUUGCGUUACUAAAGGCGGCAAGACCUCGCCCAAAAUCUCCAAAAUCUGAAGAUGGAGAAGAGGAGGAAGACGAGGACGAAAAGAACGAGGACAUGAUUAACGUUGAAGGUGGUAAAACUAAGGGGCCAACAACUUUAUUUAAGUUGACGGCCGAAGAAGCCGAGCAUCGGGCACUUCAAGCAGCUAUAAUUCAGGAAUGGCAUAUGCUCUGUAAAGAUAGGAACACCAAAGUAAAUUGAUUUUCCCUUACUUUCUUGGACUUCUUUUGGUUUGAUAGUUGAUUUAGGAGGUAGUUGGUUGAGAUGAGCUCCAAGUUUGUUUUUUGUAAUUCUAAUUGUUUCUUGUCUCAGUUUUGUAAUUUCUAUGUACCUUUUUGAAGCAUUCUGAGGCUGUAAAUUAAGAAGGUCGUCUCACGCCUUGUACCA